UUUCCCUCUCCAACCCUGCGAUCCCAAAACGCGUUACUCGAUUGGGUAUUCUUCGAUUCCCUUCCCCUUUGGGUCAACCCUUUACAUCUCAACCUCUUCUCGUGCUGCUGCUCUCUGUUCCCUAAUUUGAACACACCCCACCACUACCUUACCUCCUUCCCUUUUAAACUCCACACCUUCUCCAUCCAUCAUGGCCGACAUGGCUGCCGUCGACGAGAAACUCUCCCCCAGCCAGCACGAUGACCUGCAACAGGCUGGCAACGGCGCCGACGCCCGCGGGACCAAGCGCAACCGCAUGAGCGCCGAGGACGAUGAUGAUGAUGACGACAAGCCUGGCCGUGAGCGCCGCAAGAUUGAGAUCAAGUUCAUCCAGGAUAAGUCGCGUCGCCACAUCACCUUCUCCAAGCGGAAGGCCGGUAUCAUGAAGAAGGCCUACGAGCUGUCCGUCCUCACUGGCACCCAGGUGCUGUUGCUGGUCGUCUCCGAGACCGGUCUUGUCUACACCUUCACUACCCCCAAGCUGCAGCCUCUCGUCACCAAGGCCGAGGGCAAGAACCUCAUUCAGGCAUGCUUGAACGCACCUGACCCUACCACCAACGAGAAUGGUGUCGAUGCUCCCGAUGUCCCAGCCGAGACUCCCGAGGAUGUCGGCCACAAUGUCAAUGCGCCGCAGUCCAACAUGCCUCGUCCUGGCAUGCACCCCGGGUACAUGACCAAUGAGCAACAGCAACAGAUGGCCUAUUAUCAGAACCUCCAGCAGCAACAGCAAGCCGGUGGCCAGUAUCCCGGUAUGCCCGUCGGCAACCGCAUGCCCCCGCAGCACCAACCCACGGCGUAAAUAACCUCUUCGCUGUGUUUACGCGCCGCUGCAGACGGGAUCCCAAAUACUGCGUCUUCCCUUCUGUUUUCUUCCCCUGCGCACCCAACUCUCUCGCGUUCAUUUGAUACCCGUCCAUCCGUGCUGAUCCCUCGUCCCUCCUCCCUACUCUCUCUCCUCCACCCCUCGCUCUUUCUCGUGGAGACUGGCACUAUGUCUUGUUUUAUCCCUGCCACUCCAACUUGUGAAGUGUAUAUUGUCAAAAAUACCCCACUGGAUCUCCCAUGUCCAGUGUGUUUUUGAUAACCGAAAUCCGGUCUGUUAUGGUAUUUAUUUGCCUUGCACUCGAGAAGAAGGCUUUGCAAAAAGCUUGCUUUUAUGCUCCUCGCUCCUGGUGAAUUAUGGCUUUUCAAACCAUGAUAAGAAAACAUGCGAAGAAUCCUCCGCAGACGAAAAAAAGGAAAAAAAUAAAAAGAAGCGCAAGCACGCGAAUCUGGACUUGGACGCUAUUCUGGCUGGUUUCUGGUUUCUGGUUUCCCCUUGGCCCCUCUUCCUAGACCAAUUGGCGGAGGCUGGUGGUGUUCGUGGUGCAUUGAUUUUGUCGGCGAUAUGGGAAUUGUUUCCUCUUCGUCUUUUUGUUUGCUGUUUAUCUCAUACGACCAUUAUUGAUUCUGCUUCGUCGAAAUUCUCUUAACUCUACCUCCCUGUCUCCUUUUUUUCAAGUGUCUAAUCUCAACAACUCUGUGUUUUAACCUCAUUUCAAAUCGGUGAUCUCUACUCUCCCCGCUGCACCCUCCACACCUGUACUGGGUUUGUGUUGGAACUCGCGUGGAAAGGUGUCUUGCUUGCACCUUCGUAUCGGAAUUGCUAUGCUUUGAUGUCUUGCUCGGCUUGGAAAUUGGUUCGAGCUUCUCCUGUAGUCUCAUGUAUCUCUCUCUUCAUGUAUUUGGUAUGGUAUGGAGAUGAUGCUCGAAUGUUGUUCCUUCGUCUUGCUGCUUG